GGGUUUGGUUAGUCCUCCAUCUUGGUUUAGGCUAGCGAAGCGGCUAGCAGUGUCUGUCUGGAGAGGAUGAGGAGAAGCUGAGCAGACCGGGUCCCGCUGCUGAGCUCACCGAACCGGGAGUGUCUCCACCGACCCGAACCGAGACAGAGACCAGCGGGCAUAUCUGGACCUGCACUGGUCCUAGAAACACACAUACCCGGUCCUGCCGGGCUGCUACUAGCUAGCCGGGUAACUUAGCAGGCAAAGAGGAACUGUUGCUCCGGGUCAGUUUGGAUAGAUGUCGGUUAAAAACUGCCGGAAAAGAAGCCGAGCCGAGCCGAGCCAGGCUAGAUAACCCUCUGGUCCUGUAGCCAGGGCUGGAGCCAGUGAUGCUGGGUGAAUACCUGAUGAGAAAACCCGACCUCAAGUGAAAGCAGCCCACAGAUAGUCCACUAAGUUUAGGCAGGUGUUCCGGGGCGGACAGGCGGCUUCAUGACCAAACCUCCCUCACACUGACCCGGGUAACAUGUCCACCAGGACCCCCCUGCCCACUGUCAACGAGCGGGACGCCGAAAAUCAUACCUCAGUGGAUGAUGGGCGUGGUGAGGCGUCCCGCUCCGUCCGCUCUGCUCGCUGUAAAACCUCUUUGUCCGCCGCCGGAGACGAAAUGCCCCACGUCGGAAACUACCGCCUGCUUAAAACCAUCGGGAAAGGAAACUUUGCUAAAGUCAAACUGGCUCGACACAUCCUGACGGGGCGAGAGGUGGCCAUCAAAAUCAUUGAUAAGACCCAGUUGAACCCCACCAGCCUGCAGAAGCUCUUCAGAGAGGUCAGAAUAAUGAAGAUCUUAAAUCACCCAAAUAUCGUGAAGCUGUUUGAGGUGAUAGAGACAGAGAAGACGCUGUACCUGGUGAUGGAGUACGCCAGCGGAGGUGAAGUGUUUGACUACCUCGUAGCUCAUGGGAGGAUGAAGGAGAAGGAGGCCAGAGCUAAAUUUAGACAGAUUGUGUCUGCAGUUCAGUACUGCCAUCAGAAGCGAAUAGUUCACCGUGACCUUAAGGCAGAGAACCUCCUCCUGGAUGCUGACAUGAAUAUUAAAAUAGCAGAUUUUGGGUUCAGUAAUGAGUUCACUGUUGGUGGGAAACUGGACACUUUCUGUGGUUCUCCUCCGUACGCUGCUCCUGAGCUCUUCCAGGGUAAGAAAUAUGACGGUCCAGAGGUGGAUGUGUGGAGUCUGGGUGUGAUCCUCUACACUCUGGUCAGUGGAUCUCUGCCGUUUGACGGACAGAACCUCAAGGAGCUCAGAGAGCGAGUGCUGCGAGGCAAAUAUCGUAUCCCAUUCUACAUGUCGACUGACUGUGAGAACCUGCUGAAACGUUUUCUGGUGCUGAACCCGGGGAAACGAGGAACUCUGGAGCAAAUCAUGAAGGAUCGCUGGAUCAAUGCCGGUUUUGAUGAAGAGGAGCUGAAGCCCUUCAUCGAGCCGGAGGUGGACAUCAGGGACCAGAAGAGGAUCGAUGUGAUGGUGGGGAUGGGUUACUCCAGAGAGGACAUCAACGAUUCGCUCGCCAAGAUGAAGUACAAUGACAUCACAGCCACAUAUCUGCUGCUGGGACGCAGGGCUGCUGAGGUGGAAGUGAGCGACUCUUCGUCCUCCAGCAGCAUCUCUCUGCUCAAACCUCGUCCAUCCAGCAGCACUCAGUCUCCUGCUCACCUCCUCGUCCAGCGCUCCUCCUCCUCCUCCAAACAGAGGAGGUACAGCGACCAAGUAUGUCCAGUGUCCUCAGCUGCUCCUCACCCCAGGAGGAGUCAGACGGCAGCGUCAGCGGAGGGGGAAGUGAAGCAAGAAGUGGGAGGUCAGAACAGGAAGUCCAGUCCCGUGGAGGGGGGCAGUCCACUGCUGGGGAACGCCAACAACCCCAACAUGGCUGACAUCCCUGAGCGAAGGAAGAUGUCAGCCACGCCCACUGGAGGAUCGUCCAGUAUGACGAGGAGGAACACGUACGUCUGUAGUGAGAGGAACUCUACAGAUCGACACCCUGUGGUCCACAACGGCAAAGAGAACAGCUCAGCGACCACCCCUGCCCAGAGAUCGGUGGGCGGAGCCUCCACCCACAGCGUGAGCAGUGGGGCGACUCCUCCGGACCGGCUGCGGUUCCCUCGGGGGACGGCAAGUCGCAGCACCUUCCACGGAGGUCAGCUCCGAGAGAGACGCACCGCCACCUACAACGGCCCCCCAGCCUCACCGAGCCUGUCACAUGAUGCCACACCCCUCGCACAGUCACGAGCCAGAGGAUCCACCAACCUGUUCUCCAAGCUCACCUCCAAACUCACACGCAGAGGGGCUUCAGAGGUUGAGAGGAACGGGAGACCUGAAGGGUCAAGUCGUAAUGUGUCCUCCGAUCAGAAGGAGGAGCCCGGUUCUCCCGCUGCUCCUCACCUGAAGGAGUCGAAGCCCCGCUCCCUGAGGUUCACCUGGAGUAUGAAGACCACAUCCUCCAUGGAGCCUCUGGACAUGAUGAGGGAGAUCAGGAAAGUCCUGGACGCCAACAACUGCGACUACGAGCAGCGCGAGCGCUUCCUGUUGCUUUGUGUCCAUGGAGACGGACACGCCGACAGCCUCGUCCAAUGGGAGAUGGAGGUGUGCAAACUGCCCCGCCUCUCACUCAACGGAGUCCGAUUCAAACGUAUUUCAGGAACGUCCAUCGCCUUCAAGAAUAUCGCCUCCAAGAUCGCCAACGAACUCAAGCUGUAGAGGCAGAGUGAGACAGGUAGACAGAGACAGGUGUGGAGAAAGACAGAUGGACGGACCGCACAGGUGGGUUUAUUAUCAGGUUUCAGCCUCUGCAGGUUGAUUUAAAAUCUGAUGGACGAUUGGAAAACAAACAGCAGGAAGUGGACAGGUGUUUGUGAAGCAGAGCUGCAGUCAUAUGUGUGUGACUGGUAGAUGUUGAGUAUCUGUCAUUAGUGUGUGGCUGCAACUGAAGGCCAGUCCACAUCCACCACAUGCUGUGCUCCCAGGAACGCUGUGGUUUUUCGGUCUGUUUUCAUUUUCUGUUUCUCUCGGUGAAGCUGAUCUCCACAGACGUCUGGUUACAUCACACACAUCUCACCAUGUUUAAAACAAGGUACAGUAUCUGUAAUGACUGAAUGAUUUCCAGGUUCACUGCUGACAGAUUCCCCAAAAUCAGUCAAUCAAUAAAUAAAAACUAGAACUGCACUCGGCGCUCCGCCAAGGCCUUACACUCCUACACGUCUGUCUAGUUCUUAAGAAAAAUAAAAGCAAAAAGCAAGUAGUCUGAUAACAUAAGAGACUUCUUUGUUAUAAAACACAGUAAGUCAUAAAUCGUAGACUGUGUAAUGCAGAUUCAGAAAUUUCCUCCACCAAAUUCUACAAACUCAUAGAUCUCAACACCAUAAAUGUCCAUAAAGCUCCACACAUUAUUUCCUGAGAAAAUGUGGGAACUGCCCAAUAUCGCAAUGUUAAGGAAAAUGACAAAUUCCUGGACCUGCCCCUUUAACCAGAUCAUCCCCAAAAUGUAAUGGGUUCUUCCCUGGACCAGGCCCCAUUCCUCCACCAAUUCUGGUGCAGAUCGGUUCGGUAGUUUUUGUGUGAUCCUGCUGACAAACAAACCAACAGACAGACACAGGUGAAAACACAACAACAAAAAACAACAAAUAACUACUCAUGUCCACAUCAGCUGUCGCCUUGUUCUGUCACCUGUCUCUGUCUCUCUCUCUCUCUCUGUCUAUCUCUCUGGUGUUAUUAGGAAACUGGUCUAAAUUCAUUGAUUAUUGGUUAUUGACGAUGAAGCCCGCACACUGAUGACUACAUCACUGUCUUUCUGUAUGGGGUUUCCCUCACCUGCUCCCAGCACAGCAGGGGCAGCUUGUACUUGUAAUUGAAUGAACAUAACUGACUGCUGCAAAGGAUCAUGGGACUUGGACUCCAGGGUUCUUAAAAGGAGACACAGGAACUGUUCUGCUGUGAUAUACAUUAAUGGUUUAUUUUGAAAGAGGCUCUGCAGUGACUAACCUGCAGGUGUUUUGGCCCCGCCCGCCUGAGAACAGGUGAGGGCGGUGUCAGACUAAAGGGGGUGGAGUCGUUUGUGCCUAGACAGGUAGAUGUGAGUCAGUGUUUGUGAAUGUAAAUAGUUUGACAGACACUCACCUUGUUUUCAUGUUGAUUUGUUUCCUCUUUUGUACAUGUGAUCAGUCAGCUGAUCAACGGCUGAUUGUCGGCUGAUCGACGGCUGAUCAACGGUUGAUUGUUGUUGUUUGUAAGCUGAACCUCAGGUUCACCUGUGUCUCAUUAAACACCUUGAAGACAGCACAGCUUCCUGUCUGGAUGAAGUUUUUUGACCGACAGUCAAACUACAGAAGCCCAGAGGGUUCAUGGAGGGUUAGAACGAUUCAGCCCUGGUACCUCCACACGUCCAGUGUGGCUGACUGAUGUUUGAACCGCACUGAGGUGUCACUCAGGUGACUCCACCUGCUGAUGACCUCCCGUACAGUGACGUACAUUUACAUUUUAUGUACAGACUGUCCUUUCCUCCAGGGAGUUUAUCUUCUGAUUUUAUUUUCAUUACACCUUUCUUGUUAUGUCAUCGUGAAUCCACUUACGUAGCUCUUAUCUUUAGAUUAGAUUCCUUAAGUUGGGUUUGUCGGACAUACUCUGAGACGGUUCUAUGGCCUGGGGUCAGGACACCCCACAGGGUCUCCAGAUAAAUCUGAUCUGUCACCAAACAAUUGAAGCGAUAAAAUGUGUCAUAAAAAAUUAACAAGUUUGGUAGCACAUUUACUUUUCUGUCAUUUUUGCUUUUUUGGUGAAACACUAGAUGUUUGAGAAAGAAGAUUCACUCCCUGUCGGAACUGAUCAUAAAUGACACGGCUUCUUUUCAAGGACAAACGAACCAAAAAAAAGGUA